CGAGUCACCGAAGACAUGGCAGCAGGACGAGACAAGGACAGAUGCUGGAGGAGGCGGUGGCUACGUGGAACUCGUAGGAUUUCACAUGGCAACCGCAGGAUCUCCCAUCCCCCGAUUGGAGACACCACCAGGACGGAGGGCCUCCUGCUACCUAUAAAACUAACCGCGCUCCGUCUCCGACCGAGCAUUGGGCGACUUGGCGUCCACACGACAGGCAUCAUAUCGCCGAUUACAGACGAGACCAGCAUCCGUAAGCAACGAGAGGACUCCAGAGUUCAGGUCAUCAUGCUUACCUUUCAACUCACUCAUGCGAUCGUCCUCCUGGCCGCGAUCUUCUUGAUCGACAAGUGCCACGCGCAUCCCGCGAUCGCGCAGCGGUAUCAGGCAAUCUCACUUUGUAGGGGCUGCGGCGAUCAGUGUGAUCAGUGCGAGUACGGUACUAUAAUAUCGACUCUCUGCGGUGUCAAGGAAUGCCUAAAGGGUCCCGGAGAAAGAUGCGGUGGGCCAAGCGAGAUCGAGGGCGUGUGCGGCGAGGGAAUGAUGUGCAACCACUGCAACAAAUGCAUCGGCUGCAGCUCGAUCAACUUCAAGUGCAAAACAGACGACUACUGCCUGCCCCAUUUGAUCACGGAUCAGGACACGCGAAGCAUCCGAUAUCCCGAUUUCUUCAACAGAUUCUCCAUCGACAAGUAAACGGAAACUCAGCCCAGCCCCUGAAUGGAUGAGACGACGAGAGAAUGUGAGAGGAGAGAAUGCGAAACGAGAAAGACGGAGAAACAGGCGGAUAUAUAUAUUAGUGAUUUUUCGAAUUAUUUAUUACAUUUCACGAUGUAAUCCCAUUAGGUAUCUACGAUUGUGAUAGAUAGCUUAUCGGAUAGCCCGUCUCUACAACCCUCCCCCUCCCUCCCGCGAGACGGUGUCCGUGUAUAAUGGCAUUUCUGUGAUUUUUUUUUUAAUUACGUUUAUCCCCCGUCUUUGGACACACGCACGUCUCAACGUGUGCCUGUAGCCGCGCACUUAGCGAUCUAGCGUGCGCGUCGCCGGCUAGAUUGAUCUCGUAAGAUGUUUGAUGAAUCAUCGCGCGUGAUUCUUGGCUGUGAUUCGCGCUUCUCGCAGAGUCAGCGAGGAACGAUCGACGGGAUCCUCAAUGUGUUUUCCCACGCGGGAACACAAUCGAAAAAUCGGGUCUCUACCGAGAGAGUGUGUCGAAAAAACGUCGUGGUGCACACCGUACGGAAGAAAAUGACGUUGAGGACGAAAUGAGCGAGAAAGAUAAAUGGUAGAGGAAGACAAAAGCCUCCCUUCCCCCUCCCUCUUCUUCCCCUUUCCCUCCUCUCUCCCGUGAUUUAAUGUCGCCAAUAUUAUUUUUGACAUUCCGAUUUGACAUUUCAAUUAUAAUGUAUAUUUACGAAAGCCUUCUGCCGACAUUUUGCAUUUAUCUUAAUAUUUAUUUCAAAGUCAUUUAGUCUUUAAUGAGUGUCGCGGGAUAAAUGAGAUUAAAACGCGCUUGCUUAAGAUAAAUGCCCUCACUAACGGACUGUUACUAAUGUUUAUUAAUAGACACGAGAAUUAAUAUAAAUUAACUUUUUCACCGGCACUUCUCUCGCGUCGAUUAGUCAUCUGUAGGCGCCACAAGAACUACCUUACGCAACUCUCGGUAUUCCUGCGGAGACCGGACGUGAAUGUUUCGGCGAAUGCCUUUCUAUGUAAUGGACAACAGAAUAAAAUUGUUUGCAUUCA